AUGGUUGUUCUUAUUCUUUUAUACGCCGUCUUCGUUGUUCGACAUUGGCUGCCGGUUGCCAUCACGACUUCGCUUUCUACUGUGUACAUAGUUAUAAAAAUUCUCUUCUUCUUUUCUCAUAAACAAGGCGGUCUUCCACAAUAUCUACUGGUGUUGGCGUCUUUCUCUAUUGCAUGGUUCGAACUCUGGCUUAUGCCCUUCAAGGUGUUGCCGGGCGAGCGACGAUGCGAACAUAACGACUCAUUUCGUGACGAUUUGUCCGUCUCGGUGCGUGGCAACUCAUUGAGAGAGCCACGUCCGAAUCAAACUCCUCGCUAUAUCUCGGAGGAUGAAUUUCGAAGCGCCAUGGAGUUUUCUUCUGGUAAGCGUUUGCACUGA